AUGGUAUCAGAUCACUGGGACCAAGAUAGAGAAGCAAUAGAACUUUCACAAACCAACCAGAAUGCAUUUGAGGAUGAGUCCUGCGUGAAAAACGCGUCGCAUUUUGAACAGGCUGACGAGUUUUUCGCGAAUCUUAAAGUGUUACUGGGGCGUGCUAGAAAUGUUAAUAAGACUGUCGAGGAAGAUAAACUACAAGAACAAAGAGUACUUGAUAAUGAAGCUGACGAGGAUAGAGUUUUGAAGAAACUUAUAGGGCUCAUUGAUCCGUAUCAAGAACAACCUUACUUGCUUGAUCCGCAUCUAGAGAACAUGGUUAAACCAAUCAUUGAAAUCUUACGUUCUUAUAUAAAAGAAGUUAAUAUUCAGGGUUCCAUUCUAAGUAAGACAGCACCUGCUAUUGUUGGCAGUAAUCUUGCAGAGACUCAAAAGUCUAAUACAUCUGGAUCAUCAUCGUUUCACGUGACAAAAACUAUGAAAAGAUUGUUUCGAUUGUUGUACUAUACUAUGAAAAUACGUGGAUACAAAACUAUUGUGAAAUUUUUUACACAUGAAGUGUCAGAUUUAGAGCCCACUUUCUAUUUCCUGGUUGCAACCGAUCCACAAGACUACGAUGCCCUUUCAAAAUUCUACUUGAACGUGACCGGUAAAGAGAGGGAUGGUGCAGCGGUACUUCUCUCUCGGUUGUUGACCAGACGUGAUAUUGCUGCUUCAUAUCUCGCGGAUUAUGUUGAAUGGGCAACCAAAGAAGCAAAAACAAAUGAGAAUGUGUUUACCGCAAUCGGUAUUCUCGAUUCACUUUGUGCAAUCUACAAAUUAGGGCAAAGAUCCACCCUCCUGCCUACAAUCCCAACUGCAUGGCCAUGUCUUUCACUAAUUGAAUUUAACAAGAAUUUUGCAAGUAACAUUCUUGUGCGAAAGCUUUUGGUGAAAUUGACGCAGCGGUUUGGGUUGUGUUUUUUGAGGCCGAAAAUUGCUAACUGGCGGUAUAAGCGAGGAAAUAGAUCUCUAAAAGAAAAUUUAGCUGCCACCUCACCCUCUUCUACAAUAAUCACCUCGAAAUCAAUUGACCCGUCAAACAUUAAUCAGACAAUUGGACAUGGCGAAUUAGAAGACGAGGAAACAGAGGACGAAGAAGAGGUACCUGAACAGAUUGAAGAAAUUAUAGAAAUUUUACUGAAUGGAUUGCGUGACAAGGAUACAAUAGUUCGUUGGUCGGCCGCAAAAGGAAUUGGCCGAAUUGCUCAGCGUUUAUCUCAAGAACUAGCUGACGACGUUAUCGGAUCUCUUUUGGAACUAUUUUCAGAGAACACGUUUGUACGUAGUGGUGGUGUCGUUGAUAUGUCGGCCGUUUCGGAUAAUACGUGGCAUGGUGCGUGUCUUGCGAUCGCAGAAUUGGCUAGGCGAGGAUUGUUGUUGCCGAAGCGGUUGAAUGAAGUUACCGCGUGGGCACUCAAAUUUGAUCUAAAACGCGGUUCAUAUUCAAUUGGCUCACACGUACGAGACGCAGCAUGUUAUGUGUGUUGGUCGUUUGCGCGUGCUUAUGCACCCGAAGUUCUCGCUCCAUAUGUUGCUGAACUAGCGAAUAGUCUGGUGGUGGUGUCGGUGUUUGAUCGCGAAGUAAAUGUGAGACGUGCAAGCAGUGCUGCGUUUCAGGAAAAUGUUGGAAGACAGGGUAUUUUCCCACAUGGAAUCGAUAUUAUUACCACUGCGGAUUAUUUUACCGUCGGAAAUCGUACAAAUGCGUUUUUGGAGAUUAGUGUGAAAAUAGCAAAUUUCCCAGAGUACCGUAAACACCUCAUCGAUCACCUGAGCACAAUCACCGUUGUCAAUUGGGACAAAUACAUGCGAGAAUUGUGUGCACAGGCGUUGCAUAAGCUAACAAGACUUGACGUCGAAUAUAUGGUGAACACCGUUUUGCCGCGUUUGAUUUCCCUAGCAAAGACCGGAGAUCUACAAACAUGCCACGGCACUUUAAUGGCAAUCGGAGAAAUUAGUCUUGCUUGGUCACAAAUCGAAGGUACCAGUGAUUGUAAUUGGAUGGAGAAGCAUCGUCAUUUAGAAAUCAGCACCAUCGUCGAUUCAAUUCCAGACAAUCUAUUCAUUGAUUUCGGCUCGGACAUCAUAUGCCAAGCAACUGCUCACUACGUAGCAUGUUUAGCCCGAGCUAUGUGGCCAGUGACCAAUGAAAUUCUGGUUAAUUGGAAAAAGGUGGUGUAUGAUUUAAUGGGGCGUAAAGACGAAGUUGGACAAAAGAUUGCCGUAAGAGCCGUUGAAGCUCUUGUCGAGCAGUACGGAAUUACGUUUGAUGAGAUUGAUAGAUAUCCUUUACUUUGCUACUCUUUAUGUCAGAUUGCAAAUGCAUCAAUAAUAUUUUUGGAAGACAGGUACGCUUUGGCCCUCGGUGUUCUCGAUUUCCCGAAAAUACCUGAAUAUUUGGAACGGAUUGUUGAUUCAUUGGUUUUAACAUCGACAAUACAGGAGAUAAAACCUUGGAAUGAUGCAGAAACCAGAAGAAACGCCAUUAUAUCAUUGACGAAUAUUCCAUUAAAAUUAGGGUCUUCGUUUAAAAAAGUUGCAAAUAAACAAAUAUUCAUGAAACUUGUCGAAGCAUUUUUCAUCGGUCUUGAAGAUUACAGCACAGAUUCACGUGGUGAUGUUGGAUCAUGGAUUCGCGAAGUUUCUAUGUUGGGAUUUGCCUCAUUUGUACCAUUUAUCGUAAAAUUGGAUAUACAAGGAACAAAUGGUGAUGAUCAAAAUUGCCAUGAAUAUUGGUGGACCGAUGAAUUAACGAGACGUGUUUUUGCGUGUCUGUUGAAACAAAGUGUGGAAAGGAUCGAUCGAAUACGUGCUUGCGCUGGGAAAAUUUUGAUUGAGUUGUUGUAUGAAAAGAGAGAAAAUGAUAAUGCAAGAGAAGAUGAUUGGUUGUUGAAUGUACCUGGUCGAGAUUUUUUGCAAAAGGUUUUGCCAAGUCACAGAGACGAGGAGAUCCAGUGGUCUAAUCCUCAAACAUUAUAUCCGCGUAUGGUAAAGCUACUCGAAUUAAAAGAUUAUCGAUUCGAAUUGCUUACCGGGUUAAUAUUAGCAGCUGGUGGACUGACCGAAUCAUUGAUACGAUAUUCAAGUAGCACAUUAAUCGAGUAUGCGGACUCACUUCAAAUUUCAUCACCACCAACGACGAUAUUUUCUAGUAUUACACUAGUCGAUCUUGCAAAUUCGUUAAUGGAUAUUUAUCGUGCAUACGAACGACAAGAUCGUGUGAUGUUGCCGUUGUUGGAAGUGACAGAUCUUUUGCUUGAGGUGGGAAAAUUGCAGAAACUUGCUGAUGUUGUUAGUGUUAGCAAUGACAGCGAACAAAAAGGAUUCAGUUUUCAAGAGCUAUUCGAUCGUACGCGAAAAGAAUGCGUAAAAUCUCGCGAUAUACGCAAGAUUUCGGCGUGUGUGAGAAUUUUCUGUGGAUUCGUCACACUUGGUGCACCGUACCGAAAUAAAGCUUUAUUUCAGCUAUUAGGAUUUUUGGUGCAUCCUUUUCCGAUGAUUCGUCGAACAACAGCCGACCAAUUAUACUUAACACUGUCAGCAGAAUCCAUUGACGAGGAAGAUGUUGAAAUGAAUAAUGACGAAGAGGCGUCUAGUGAAAACGAUUCUUCGACGUGGAUACAAGUGGAGGAUAUUUUGGCAAAUACUAAUUGGGAUGACCCGAUUCCGAAGUUAAAAGAAAUUCGAGCGCAGCUGUACCCAAUUCUUGGUAUUUCACCACCGAAAGUCGUCAGCACUACUGUUACCGGUAGUACAGUGAAUACCACGACGACGACGACAACAACAACAGUUGAAACCAGCAAUAAUUAG